AUGACUUACUUUGCAUGGGAUUUGAUCACAGAAGCUUCACAUUUCCACGGUGCUUCAGCCACUGUUCUUGUCAUGUACAAAACGAUCACGUACAUCAAUUCUUGUGUUACCAUCAUCUCUCCAUUUUCUGUUUGGUUACGGAGAAAGGCAUUGGCUGACUGUUUACAACAAAUGACGACCUUGGAACAUAUGUUUCACCAUUCCAUUGGAGUCAAAAGGGAAUACAAAUUCAUGUACAUUCGUCUAGCAAAUGCAGUUUUUCUCAUUGUUGCAGUCACGGUAUGUGUAACAAUAUACGACUUCACACAGGUACCGAAAGACAGCGUAUCUCUCAUGGAAACUCUCAGUGUCACAAUUCUGAUACAUUAUCCGUUGAUUGUCACACUUCUGAUGGACUUGAACUUCUGCGUCAAGGCGGGAUACCUUCGAAGAAAAUUCCGAGAUUUGAAUGCAAUUUUGCUAAGAUUGGGAGAAAUUCUUUUGACGAAUGGUUCCAACAAGAAACGAAAAAUUGAAGGACUGUGGGUAGUGCAUAAAACUGAUAGUCCGCAAACCGAACACUCAAGUCGGGAUGUUUCAGAGUCGUUGAGUGAAAUUCGGAAAGCUUACUCAGAACUCUGUAAAUUGACUCGAACGGUGAACUUUGCCUUUGGAAUACAAAAUCUAUUGUCUAUGGGAAUAUCCUUCAUCGUAAUUACUGGGAUGUUAUACACCAUUUGCCGUGCUUUAUCAUUGGGAGGUCUUACCUAUGCCACCGUCCGGAACAUAAUCUCGGCGACCCUUUGGAGUGUAAUUUACAUCCUCAAGAUUUUGGUGAUCAGCCACAUUUGCUGGCGGACUGGCAAGGAGGCACGACGAACCGGGAAGUUGAUCUACGAUCUGCUGGAAUCCAGAGCAGAUAAGAACCUUCAAACGGAGAUUGAAGCCUUUUCAGUACAGAUCAUUCAGCAUCCCAUAGAGUUUAGUGCUCAUGGAUUCUUCACUCUGGAUUUCACCCUUGUUCAAGGUAUGAUUGGAUCCAUAUCAACGUAUCUGGUGAUCCUUAUGCAGUUGAGUCCUUCCAAUGGUCAAACCUAA